CCUCAUACGUGCUAUUGUCGAAAUGCAUAUGCUUUUCAAGUUGUAUCGACCGUGUGAGAAAAAAGAGUCAUUCAAUUUUGAGAGAGUGUAUUGAGGAACGCGGUUAGAGUAUUUCAACAGUGCAAGAGAACAUGAGACGUAAAAGAACGUGUUCAGCGAAUCCUUCAAACAUCACAAAUGUCCACGCGGUGGUGCUUGGGUUGGAUGGCGUCGGAAAAUCAGCUCUCACUGUCCGAUUCUUGACCAGACGGUUUAUUGGAGAGUAUGAUGAAAGUUUAGAGAUGACUUAUCGACAUCACAUGACACUGGAUGGGCAAUACCUAGCCCUUGACAUCAUGGACACAGCCGGAGAGAAUACGACACAGAAGUUGGAGAAAUGCGCAUCUUUUGGGGAAGUUUUCUUUAUUCUCUUCUCUAUCACUGAUCGAGUUUCAUUUUUGGAGGCGAAACGUUUGGGGAAAUACAUACAAGGCGUGAAAGACAAUGAUUGUGUUAUGAUUCUAGUUGGUACAAAGACAGACCUGUGUCGUUACAGAAGAGUCUCGAGAAACGAAGGGUAUGAAUUUGCUAGGGAAAUAAGGUCUGUAUUCUGCGAGAUUUCAGUCUCGGAGGGAUUCGUCGAAACAAACUCUCUGCUGAAUGAUUCACUGAGACUGCAUUUGAGUAAUAAAACCGACCAGGAAAAUGGCGACAAAGAGAAAGCGGGUCCUUUGUCAAGGAUGAAAGAAGGUUUUAAAGGGAUCUACACAAGGAGAAAGUCAUGCUCACUUUAAAUAUUCUAAGACUGGCUUUGAUGUAUUAUUGUAUCGCGCUUAGGAACAAGGCAACACCUGGGGAGGGGGGAGGUGGCGGAACAUUUUGGGGGAUCACAUGGUUUUCGGGAGGAGCGGAGGGGGAGUGGGGGAUCAGUCGUCACCAACAGAGUAUAAAAGGGGGGUAACGCA